AUGCCUACAAAAAUUCCAGGACCGCCCGGAGUUCCUCUCCUGGGAAAUGUUUUCGACGUCAACCCCAAUGAGACGUGGAACUCGCUGAACAAGCUGGCCAAGCAAUUUGGCUCUAUUUUCAAAAUCAACGCCCUCGGCCAUGAGAUCGUAUUUAUCGGCAGUGUCGCUCUGUUGGAAGAGAUUUGCGACGAGACUCGAUUCCGCAAAUGCGUAACAGGUCCAGUAGUGGAAAUCCGUCAUGCCGUGCACGACAGUCUGUUCACAGCAUACGAUUACGAGAAGAGCUGGGGCAUCGCCCACCGGAUCAUGAUGCCUCAUCUCACGCAGUCCGCGACCGACAGCCUCUUCAGCGACAUGGCGGAGGUCAUCCCAGACCUGACGAAGAAGUGGAGCGCAGGAACCAAGACCCGCACUUUGCUCACCAAGGACCUGGAUCGCCUCCUCAUCGCAUCUUGCAUGCAAUGCUUUUUCAACCAGCGCGUGCACGUGCUCGAAGGCGCCGAGCCACCCAUGAUCAACGCCAUGGAGAGCGCCACCAUGGAGGCAAUGAAGCGACCCACCCGGCCCAAGCUCCUGAACUGGCUAUACCAGCGCCGCUUCGACAAGGACACCAAGACGAUGCGCAACUUCGCAGCGCAGGUGAUUAAGACCCGCAAAGAGAACCCCGAGACAGCCCGCAAGGACAUCCUCGACGCCAUGCUGAACGACGCCGACCCUGAGAGCGGCGAGAAGCUCACCGAGUCGCAAGUCAUUGAUGAAAUCAUCUCAAUCUUCAUCGGGGCCGCCACAGCCCCCAACCUCAUCUCGUACGCCCUGUACUACCUAAUGAUGAACCCCAGUGCAAUCGCCAAAGCGCACGAGGAACUCGACCGCGUCGUCGGCGACGGCAAGAUCGACCUCGAGCACCUGAAGAGCCUCAACUACGUCGAGGCCAUCCUGCGUGAGUCGAUCCGUCUCUCCGCCACCGCACCAGGCUUCAACAUUGAGCCCAUUCCCUCCGACGACAAGAGCCCCAUUCUCCUCGGUGGCGGCGAAUACCAGAUCGCCCACAACCAGCCCAUGAUUGCGAUCUUGAGCCAGGUUAACCGUGACCCGGCUGUUUUCGAGGACCCCGAGGACUUCAAGCCUGAGCGUGUGCUCGGCGAGAAGUGGGAUCAGCUCCCCGCUGCUGCGAAGAAGGGCUUCGGUAACGGUAAGCGGGAGUGCAUUGGUAAAAUCUGGGCUUGGCGGUGGUCGUUCUUUACUCUUGCUAGUAUCUUGAAGGAUACUACGUUUGAGCUGGCGGAUCCUAACUAUAAGCUUGAGUCGAAUGGUGCGUUCAGUAUCAAGCCGCUUGAGUUCUAUGGUUUGGUUAGUGCCCGGAAAUAG